AUGGAAGAUCCAGCAUCUGAGAUCACCCCUAUAAUCCAUCAUCUCACGCAAGCCCCGCCAGAUGACCAACAACGCACCAUCCAGAAAUACUUCACUCCCAGCGCAGCCUUCAUCCAUCCCUUUUGUCGUGUCUGGCCCUACCCAGGAAGUCGCUGGUUCAUCGAGAAGAUCUACCAAUGGUAUAAGAUCAUGUCGCCGCGAAUUGAUCUGGAGGUGCAUUCCGUAGCAGGAGGACUUUUAUCAGACGUCGGAGUUCGUCAAGUUUGUGGCGCCGUGGGGAGGCGGCUUGCUGGUUACUAUUUGGCAGUUGCUGGCGACGGUGUUUUGUGUAUUUGGGGUGGUGCUGCUUUGGCCGGUGUUGUGGUUAGAGGAGAAGCGGUUGGUGGGGAAUGGAAAGAAAUGAGAUGA